AUGUUACGGCGCCUCCGAUGGAUCAUAGCUGGCUUCAACUUCCAUAAUUACAAAACCAUCAAUCCGUCUAAGCCUGAUGCGAAACCUUUACCUUCACCACAACUUCAAACCACUCUCAAUCCUAAGCCCAUUAAACCUAGUAGUAAUCAAAAUCAUCCCCCAAUGUUGGAGAUUGUACAUGAGAUUGCUAUUUAUAUUCAUAGAUUUCACAAUCUUGACCUCUUUCAACAAGGGUGGUAUCAAAUUAAGAUUACGAUGAAAUGGGAGGAUGGUGACUAUAGUUCGUUGGGAACUCCGUCGAGAGUUGUUCAAUAUGAAG